AUGUCCUCACGAACCAAACUUAUCACGUUCCAAGGCCAUGAAAACUUCCGGCUGCGGCUGGUUCUUGCCACGCUCAGUGGUAAGGGAAUCAAGAUCGAGAAAAUCCGCUCGGACGAUCUGAACCCGGGUCUCAAGGACUACGAAAUCUCGUUUCUCAGACUGCUUGAAAACGUUACCAACGGAUCCAUCAUCGAAAUCUCAUACACAGGUACCACUGUCACAUACAGACCGGGAAUCAUCAUUGGAGGGUCUCUCACACAUCAAUGUCCAGAAGGAACCGCUUGUGGAUAUUUCAUAGAACCAAUGCUUUACCUGGCACCAUUCUCAAAGAAAAAGUUUUCUAUAGUGUUCAAGGGACUAACGGCUUCCAAGAACGAUGCUGGAGUGGAAUUCAUCAAAUGGGGGUUGAUUCCGGUGAUGGAGAAGUUCGGUGUUCGUGAAGUCGAGCUGCACAUCUUGAAACGCGGGUCUCCACCUUUGGGAGGAGGAGAGGUCCAUCUUCUGGUCAAUUCGUUGAUUCCCCAACCUGUAACCGUUCAUGUUCUCGAUUACCACAAAAUCUCCGCCAUUCGGGGAAUCGCAUACUGUACCAGAGUUUCUCCUUCCGUUGCCAAUAGACUUGUUGAUUCUGCAAGAAAAGUGCUAAAAGCAACAGGAUGCGACACGAAUAUCACAACAGACGUCUCCAGAGGUGAGAUUGCCGGAAAGUCGCCAGGAUUCGGUCUCACGCUGUUCACAGAGUCAAAGAAAGUCCCAUUUAGAUACGUUGUUGAGGACAUUGGUCUUGCUGGAGAAACCCCAGAGGAUGUUGGCGAACGUGUUGCCUUGAACCUAUUGGAACGUAUCCAAAAGAGUGGAUGUCUUGGAAGAAAUCAGCUAGACUUGGCCCUUGUGUACAUGGUGAUCGGCAAAGAAGACAUCGGCAGACUUCUUGUCAAUAAAGACCAGUUUGACGAGGAGCUCGUUGUGUUGCUCAGAGAUAUCAAAGCACUUUUUGGCACAGAGGUCUAUUUCAAACAGAGCGACGAAAUGGACAAUUCCAUGUAUGCGACAAUCAUGGGUGUCGGAUUCACAAACGCAUCGAAAAAAAUCGCAUGA